AUGGAGCCUGGAGAUGAAGAAGAACACAUCUCUGCGCAUUCCAGAACUUCCUUUUCGACGUUGCUCACCGGAUUUGCGUACACCGCCCACUCUUCAACAACGAAUUCUACCGCCCGGCCCGUUCUAGGUGUCGAUCAACCAAUUAGUUCACCGAGGAAACGCAAAAGAAUCGAAGAAGAAGAUCAAGGGGUUGGAAUUGUGUCGGCGAAAAAGCGCGAAGGGGUCAUUUCUCAUUUGCCCCCACUCCAGGAUCGCCUUGCACUCUAUCUCGAUGUCGUCUUCUGUGGCUGCAAUCCGGGUCAUACAAGUGCCGUUGUGGGGCUUCAUUAUGGGAAUACGCAAAAUGCAUUUUGGAAAUGUCUCCACGGAUCUGGGUUCACAGAGACUGUACUGCAUCCAACUGAAGGCCCAAAUCUCCCUUCCAAGUACAAUAUCGGCCUGACCGACCUGGUGACGACUCCCUCGCACAGCUUCGCCGAUAUAUCGACACAAGAGCGGAGGAACUCUGUGCUCGCACUGCUCCAGAAAAUAGCACGAUUCAAACCACGCAUUGUGGCGUUCAAUUCGUUUGCUAUAUGGACUGAUAUUGCAAACGGCCUUGAGCCCCUUCGUCGCUCUUCAUUCCCACCCAAAUCUGCAAAGGCAAACAAGACGCGCAAUGGAUUAAAAACGGCCAAAGAAGUGUCCUCGGCAUGUAUCACGCUUGAACCGCCGCUAGGUGAAGAUCAACUCCCACCGCUCAAGCUGGAGAGUACCAAGGAGAAGAGGACCCCACAAUUUUUGCCGUGGAAGAUUGUCUAUGCAGAAGGAGAGACGCUGCUCAUUCCCCUUCCUGGUACUUCAGGUGCAAACGCCAGUUAUUCGUUAUCUGAAAAGAUUGCAUUCUUCAAGGCUGUAAACGAUGCCGUACAAUCAAUCAAACAAGGCACGAUGGAUACGUCUCACAUGGCUCGCAUUAUCGUUCGGGAGGACAUUGUAUAG